UGAAUCUAGAAUGAAACCACUUCCGGGUAUGACGUCAUUUCGCCCACGUGUAGGAAGAACUCCUGCUGUAAGGUGUGGAGGAAAACAUGUGCGCUCGCGCUCCGGUGAAGAUCGGGAUCAUCGGUGGUUCUGGACUUGAUGAUCCGGACAUCUUAGAGGGCCGAACUGAGCGCUAUGUGGAGACUCCGUUUGGAAAGCCUUCAGAUGCUCUGAUUCUGGGGAAGAUCCGAGACGUGGAGUGUGUGCUGCUCGCCAGACAUGGCAGAAAACACACCAUCAUGCCAUCUAAUGUGAAUUAUCGUGCGAAUAUCUGGGCUCUGAAGGAGGAGAAGUGCACUCACAUUCUCGUCACCACGGCCUGCGGCUCACUGAGAGACGACAUCAGACCAGGGGACAUCGUCCUCAUCGACCAGUUCAUAGACAGGACCACUAAGAGAGCUCAGACAUUCCAUGAUGGUGAACUUCACAGUCCUCUUGGUGUGUGUCACAUUCCCAUGGCGGAACCCUUCUGCAGCAGAACCAGAGAGGUUCUGAGCGAGGCGGCGAGGACUCUGGGCAUGGCGUUCCAUGCGAGUGGUACGAUGGUGACUAUCGAGGGUCCACGGUUCUCCUCACGCGCUGAGUCUCUGAUGUUUCGCCAGUGGGGUGCUGACGUCAUCAACAUGACUACCGUCCCCGAGGUGGUGCUUGCCAAGGAGGCGGGGCUCUGCUACGCCGCUGUCGCCAUGGCAACCGACUAUGAUUGCUGGAAGCAGCAUGAGGAGGCGGUAUGUGUGGACAAUGUGCUGAAGACCAUGAAGGAAAACGCAAAUAAGGCGAGCAGCAUCUUACUGAUGGCCAUCCCACUGAUCAACCACAUGACCUGGGAGGAGACACUCAGCCAGCACCGGGCCAUGGCUGUCUCCUCUGUGAUGCUUCCCAAACACUGAAGCUCCUGAUGGCACUCUCCCUCUCUCACACACACACACACACACUGCUCUCUACUAUGACAAGCCAAGUGCCUGAUUAUAUUUCAAGGUCACAAAAGGUCACUUAUUUUACACACACACACAUACUUCUUUUGCUAGUGUGUGUACUUAACACACUGAAUUUGAAUUGUUUACUGUAAAAUGUCCAAAUAAAUAAAUAAUUUUCUUCAUGUAUAAA